CUACAGCAGUUCAGGCUGUGGUUCGCAGGAAGCAUACAUUGGCUUUUUGAUUCGUGCUAGUUCCCAGCUCAUAAUCUGGGAGGAUCUAACACCGGGCUUCCCGUGAAGGGGGACCCAAGGACAGAGAGGAGCUGGGUGGUCCCAGCCCCGGAGCCCGGCCAGCCUGCCAUGGGAAUCUUCCCGACUCCCAGGGCCUCGCAGAUGUCGCCAGGAAGGUGGUGAUCCAGGCAGCCUGCGCGGGACUGAGAAAUGGAGGCAAACGACCAUUUUAACUUUACUGGCCUUCCCCCUGCACCUGCUGCCUCAGGACUGAAACCCUCUCCCUCCUCAGGGGAGGGCCUCUACACUAACGGGUCUCCCAUGAACUGCCCCCAGCAAGGGAAAAGUUUGAAUGGGGAUGUGAAUGUUAACGGCUUAUCUACUGUAUCUCACACUACUGCUUCAGGGAUUUUGAACUCUGCUCCCCACUCCUCCAGCACCUCACACCUCCAUCAUCACCCCAGCGUGGCCUACGACUGUCUCUGGAACUACUCACAGUACCCAUCUGCCAAUCCUGGCAGCAACCUCAAGGACCCACCCCUUCUCUCCCAGUUUUCUGGGGGACAGUACCCACUCAACGGCAUCCUUGGGGGCAGCCGACAAACUUCAUCCCCAAGCCACAACACUAACCUUCGGGCUGGGAGCCAAGAGUUCUGGGCCAACGGUACCCAGAGUCCCAUGGGGCUUAACUUCGACUCACAGGAACUGUAUGACUCCUUUCCUGACCAGAAUUUUGAGGUGAUGCCCAAUGGACCCCCUAGUUUUUUCACCUCUCCACAGACUUCUCCUAUGUUGGGAUCCAGCAUCCAGACCUUUGCACCCUCCCAGGAGGUAGGCAGUGGUCUCCAUCCAGAUGAGGCAUCAGAAAAGGAGCUGACUUCAGUUGUGGCAGAGAAUGGGACUGGCUUGGUAGGCAGCCUGGAGCUGGAAGAAGAACAGCCAGACCUGAAGAUGUGUGGCUACAAUGGUUCUGUCCCUUCUGUGGAAUCAUUACACCAAGAAGUCUCUGUCCUGGUCCCUGACCCCACUGUGAGCUGCUUAGAUGAUCCUUCACAUCUUCCUGACCAACUGGAAGACACUCCGAUCCUCAGUGAAGUCUCUCUGGAGCCCUUCAAUCCUCUGGCACCGGAGCCAGUGAGUGGAGGACUCUAUGGCAUAGACGACACGGAGCUGAUGGGUGCAGAGGACAAGCUGCCGCUAGAGGACAGCCCUGUGAUCUCUGCCCUCGACUGCCCUUCUCUCAACAACACCGCUGCCUUUAGUCUCCUGGCAGACGAUAGUCAGACUUCAGCCUCUAUCUUUGCCAGCCCCACCUCUCCACCCGUCCUUGGGGAGUCUGUCCUGCAAGAUAACAGCUUUGACCUGAAUAAUGGUAGUGAUGCAGAACAGGAGAUGGAGACUCAGACAUCGGACUUCCCACCACCUCUGACCCAACCAGCCCCCGAGCAGUCGUCUGUCCAGCUGCACCCAGCGGCCGCCCCAGAAACCUCUCCAGAGGUGUCCCCGGUGGUCUCUCCGGCAGCCUCCCCAGACAGCUCUGCAGCUGCCUCCCCAGCGGCCUUUCCAGCGGUCUCUCCAGCUUCCUCAGCAGCCCUCUUGCCAGUCUCCUCGGAAGCCCCCUUGACAGCCUCCCCGGUGACCCCCCCAAAAGCGCCCCCCACAGAUUCCCCAGCAGCUGUCUUCCCAACAGUCUCCCCAGCAAGUCAGGAUGGCAGCGGCUUUCCUGACCCCAUUGCUGACCUGGAAGAAGGAGUCACUGCUGCUGCUGGUGGUGAUGUCCUAAGGAGACGUAUUGCUACCCCAGAAGAAGUUCGUCUUCCUCUCCAACAUGGGUGGCGGAGAGAGGUACGCAUCAAGAAGGGCAGCCAUCGAUGGCAGGGGGAGACCUGGUAUUAUGGCCCUUGUGGGAAGAGAAUGAAACAGUUCCCAGAAGUGAUUAAGUACCUGAGCCGCAAUGUGGGACACAGUGUCCGCCGUGAGCACUUCAGCUUCAGCCCUCGGAUGCCUGUUGGAGAUUUCUUUGAAGAGAGAGACACACCAGAGGGCUUGCAGUGGGUGCGGCUCUCCGCAGAGGAGAUCCCGUCCAGGAUUCAGGCGAUCACUGGGAAGCGAGGCCGACCUCGAAACACGGAGAAGGCUAAGGCCAAGGAGGUCCCCAAAGUGAAACGGGGCCGCGGUCGGCCGCCCAAGGUCAAAAUCACUGAACUGUUGAAUAAGACAGAAAACCGCCUCCUGAAGAAACUGGAGGCCCAAGAAACACUGAAUGAGGAGGAUAAAGCAAGGAUGAGUAAGAUCAAGAAGAAGGUGAAGCAGAAGGUGCAGCGGGGGGAGUGUCCGACGACUACCCAGGGGCAGGCCAGAAACAAGCGGAAACAAGAAAACAAGAGCUUAAAGCAGAAAGAAGCAAAGAAGAAAUCCAAGGCUGAGAAGGAGAAGGUGAAGACAAAGCAGGAAAAGCUGAAGGAAAAGGUCAAGAAGGAGAAGAAAGAGAAGGUUAAAAUGAAGGAGAAAGAGGAGGUGGCCAGAGCCAAGACGGCUGGUAAAGAGAAAACGCUGGCCACGCAGAGGCGCUUGGAGGAACGGCAGAGGCAGCAGAUGAUCCUGGAGGAGAUGAAGAAGCCCACAGAGGACAUGUGUCUGACCGACCAUCAGCCUCUGCCUGAGUUCUCUCACAUCCCUGGUCUGAUCCUCCCCAGUGGGACCUUCUCAGACUGCUUGACCAUUGUGGAGUUCCUGCACAGCUUCGGCAAGGUGCUGGGCUUCGACCCAGCCAAAGAUGUGCCCAGCCUCGGCGUCCUGCAGGAGGGGCUCUUGUGUCAGGGCGACAGCCUGGGCGAAGUGCAAGAUCUGCUGGUGCGGCUCCUCAAGGCCGCACUCCACGACCCUGGCUUGCCUGCCUACUGCCAGUCCUUAAAGAUCCUGGGGGAAAAGGUGUCGGAGAUCCCACUGACGAGAGACAACGUGUCUGAGAUCCUGCGCUGCUUCCUCAUGGCGUAUGGGGUAGAACCCGCCCUCUGUGACAGUCUGCGCACCCAGCCCUUUCAGGCCCAGCCGCCCCAGCAGAAGGCUGCUGUCCUGGCCUUCCUGGUCCAUGAGCUCAACAGCUCCACCCUCAUCAUCAAUGAGAUUGACAAGACCCUGGAGAGCAUGUCCAGCUGCAGAAAAAACAAGUGGACUGUGGAAGGCCGGCUCCGGAGGCUGAAAACUGUCUUGGCAAAGCGAACCGGGCGGCCUGAAGUGGAGAUACAAGGGCCAGAGGAGGGCCUGGGGCGGAGGCGCAGCUCUCGGAUUAUGGAGGAGACCAGUGGCGUGGAAGAGGAGGAGGAAGAAGAGCUGACGGCCGCUGCCUCGGGCCGCAGGGGUCGGAAAGAUGGAGAGAUUGAUGCCACAGCAUCCAGCAUCCCUGAGCUUGAGCGCCAGAUAGAAAAACUCAGCAAGCGUCAGCUUUUCUUUAGAAAAAAGCUGCUACAUUCGUCCCAGAUGCUUCGGGCAGUGUCCUUGGGUCAGGAUCGCUACAGGCGCCGCUACUGGGUGCUGCCCUGCUUGGCUGGUAUUUUCGUGGAAGGAACAGAGGGGAGCUUCGUUCCUGAGGAUGUAAUAAAGCAAGAACCUGACGUGAAAGUGGCAGCCCAGCCAACUCCCCGCAUAGCCGCUUUCUCUCGGAAGCGGGAGCUGGCCAGCUCUAGCUCCUCUGCCAGUUCUCCUGCCCGGGCCCGAGGCCGACCUCGGAAAACUAAACCUGGGUCUUCGCAGCUUCGGCACCUUACGUCCCCCAUCAGGGGUCAGGAUGCAGAACAACCUCAGGCCCAGCCUCAGCUGGAGAUGCUGCCUGAUCCUCAACUUCAGGCCCAGGCCCAACCCCAGCCCCAGUCCCAGUCCCAGUCCCAGCCCCAUAAUGGGUUCCUGGAGCCAGAAUGCUCCCCUCUGUCUCUGGGUCAGAGUCAGCAUGACCUUAGUCAAUCGGCCUUCCUGUCUUGGCUGAGCCAGACUCAGAGCCACGGCUCCUUACUGAGUAGCUCGGUGCUCACGCCUGAUAGCAGCCCGGGAAAACUGGACCUGCUCCCGGCACAGCCGCCAGGAGGACCAGAGCCUGAUGAGGCAGAGCCCAGCCCUGAUUUACAAGCCCCCUGGCUUGACUUCUCAGCCCAGACGCCCUGCAAUGCUGUCCCAACACCACCCCCAGCGAUGCUGGAAGAUCAGAACGCCCCCUCCCCUCAGCUGCCUGCCGCCUCCAAGCCAGUGAGCAGAGUCGGUGCUUCCAGCCCCCGCGCUCCCGCGCCACUCUCUUCUACUCCCUUGCCUGGCAUGGGACCUAAGAGGCGAGCAGGCGAGCCUGGAGAAACGCCGAGCGCCACAGGAUUAGGACAGCCCAAACGGAGAGGGAGGCCCCCCAGCAAGUUCUUCAAACAGAUGGAGCAGCGUUACCUCACUCAGAUGACAGCCCAGCCUGUGCCCCCUGAGAUGCGCUCGGGGUGGUGGUGGAUCCGAGAUCCUGAGACCUUAGAGGCUGUGCUCAAGGCCCUGCAUCCCCGAGGCAUUCGGGAGAAGGCACUUCACAAACACCUCAGUAAGCACAGGGAUUUCUUACAGGAAGUCUGCCUGCGGCCUUCCACUGAUCCCAUCUUUGAGCCACCUCAGCUCCCUCCCCUUCCAGAAGGGACUGUGAGCUGGUCCUCCAGAGACAAGACGUACGAGACAGACCUGGCUGUGCUUCAGUGGGUGGAGGAGCUAGAGCAGCGAGUCAUCCUGUCUGACCUGCAGAUUCGGGGCUGGACGUGUCCUAGUCCAGACUCCACCCGUGAAGACUUGUCCUACUGCGAGCACCUCCCCGACUGCCAGGAGGACAUCACCUGGAGAGGGAGAAGCAGGGAAGGGCUGGCACCCCAGCGGAAAACUACCAACCCUCUGGACCUGGCUGUGAUCCGGCUGGCCACCCUGGAGCAGAAUGUGGAGCGGCGGUACCUCCGGGAGCCCCUCUGGCCAGCCCACGAGGUGGUGCUGGAGAAGGCCCUGCUCAGCACGCCUGCCGGUGCCCAGUGUGCCGCCACAGAGAUAUCCUAUGAGAUCACCCCCCGAAUCCGGGCGUGGCGCCAGACGCUGCAGCGGUGCAGGAGCGCAGCCCAGGUGUGCCUGUGCCUGGGCCAGCUGGAGCGCUCCCUCGCCUGGGAGAAAUCCGUCAACAAAGUGACCUGUCUAGUCUGCCGGAAGGGUGACAACGAUGAGUUCCUUCUGCUGUGUGAUGGGUGUGACCGGGGCUGCCACAUUUACUGCCAUCGGCCCAAGAUGGAGGCGGUCCCAGAAGGAGACUGGUUCUGUGCGGUCUGUCUGGCCCAACAGGCAGAGGGGGAGUUCACGCAGAAGCCUGGCUUCCCAAAGCGAGGCCAGAAGCGGAAAAGCAGCUACUUGCUGAGCUUCCCGGAGGGGGAUGGCCGACGACGCCGGGUGCUGUCGAGGGGCCGGGAGAGCCCCGCAGUGCCUCGGUAUUCGGAGGAGGGGCUGUCCCCCUCCAAGCGCCGGCGGCUCUCCAUGCGUAACCACCACAGUGAUCUCACGUUCUGCGAGAUCAUCCUGAUGGAGAUGGAGUCCCACGACGCAGCCUGGCCUUUCCUGGAGCCGGUGAACCCGCGUUUGGUGAGUGGGUACCGGCGCAUCAUCAAGAACCCGAUGGAUUUCUCCACCAUGCGGGAGCGGCUGCUGCGCGGAGGGUACACCAGCUCCGAGGAGUUUGCAGCUGACGCCCUCUUGGUCUUCGACAACUGCCAGACUUUCAACGAAGACGACUCGGAAGUGGGCAGGGCUGGGCACAUAAUGCGCCGCUUCUUCGAGAGCCGCUGGGAGGAGUUUUAUCAGGGCAAACAGGCCGCGCUGUGAGGCCGGGGUGGGGUCACCGCGCGGCAGGUCUGCGCCCGGCCUCUGGAUGAAACUCACCUGCCAUUCUCACCUGCUGACGCCGCCUGGGUCCAGGCUCCGGUCAGAGACGGAACCCUGGCUCUGACCCUUCGGCAGUGCCCCACGUCCUUUACUCCCACACCCUGCUCCCUUUCCUCGUCUCGUCUCGCUCUUCAGAGGAGAGGGGCGGAGAUGAGGUCCUCUGGACUGAAAGCCAAAAAAAAAAAAGAAAAGAAUUUUUCCUUUGUUUUAUUUUCUAAUUGAAACGAGGAGGAAAGGAGUCCCUGCUUCCUCCUCCAGCUUCCUCUCUUCCCUGUGCGAGCCCCAGUACGCUGGGGCUAUUUAACAAUAGCAAUAGUUCUAGUGAAUGUGUGAAACCGAGAAACACUCUGUACUGUGUGUGGACCCGCAGUGACGGCCAGUAAAGUGGACUUAACUCCCGAGUGUGUCGAGCCGGACACCGGGCCCUGGACAUGCUGCUUUCAUGUUCAGCCCCCCGCCCCACCCUGCUUCUCGCCACUUUUCCAUUUUUCCUCACCCCACCUCCAUCCCUUUCUCAGAUUCUCUAUCAUCCAAUAAUGUAAAACUAUCUUGUACGGGUUCCCCCUCCUUUUUUCUUUGCCCCAGUCUCUGUCCCCGUUAAGCGGUCCCUGUCUCUCUGCCCUCCUCUUCCUGCCGACGGCUCCCCUGUAUGACGUUGGAUACUCCUCACGUGCUGAGUUUCUGGCCUUUUUUGAAACUCAGGAGCUGGGGAGAGGGCGGGAGGUACUCUGGGCCUCCCAGCCUCCUUCCCACCUCUUACCCAAACCUCCCUCUUGGGAACUCCUCAGGGACAACUACUGCUGAGUUUGGGCGCACCCAAGGUGGAGGCCAGGUAGCAGUCGACUGGCCUCAGUGAGGUGCGUGCGUGCGAGCGCGCGAGGCUGCUGUGACUGUGCCCCUCUGUUGCUCGGUGGCAUCCACUCAGUUCCCCGAGUAAUUGUUUCUAUUCCCACCUUCCCCGUUUUAAACUAUCGCUGUUGUCUUUGGGAAACCACAGGAACAGUUUUUCUGGGUACCAGGCUGUGUCUCUCCUCUCUCUCCCAGUCACUUCUGUUCCAGCCUCUUCAAACUGUGCAAUCCUUCAGCAGGACGCCUCUCCUUCCAGGAGCUUUGAGUGUUGAGCUUUUGAAGGGAGAGGAACAGAACUGGACCUUCUGAGCCCACGCGGUCUGUGGAUUUAGUUGUGCUUUCCCUCCCUGUGCCCUUCAUGCCGGGACCCCUUGCCCAGUAGCAGAGACCCCGGAGCACAGCGAGCAGGGGAGGAGGGCCCCGGGCCCCCCCCGCCCCACACGUCACUGCCCCAGGAAGCCCACGUGUGAGAGGAAAGCGGCGACUCCCAGCCAUGGCGGGCGCCUGGGCCUGCCCCUGCCCAGCGGAGCCCCCCACCAGAGAUUACGGGUACUUGCACUGGGGAGGCGGCUGCUGGCCGGCCUGCAGGGAGCCGAGAGCCAGGAAAUGCCCGCUGGGGGCGCCGCAAGGUGGAGCUUCCUGGGCCUCUGGCAGCACUGAAGAGCCACUGAGGGCAGGGGCAGCGUGGCCGACAGCUGCCCUUGGUCUGUACGCCCCUUCUCCCCCAUCGCCUAUUUCUGAAGUCGCCUUUUCUGUCAGAUAAACCUCAACUUUUAAUUUUAUUUGAGAUUUUUUUUUUUUUGCUUUUAAAUAAGAGGUGGAUUGAAGAAUAUUUGAAUUGACUUUAUAUUAUGCAUAAAUAUUUAUAUUUUAUCUAAAUAACUGCGCUGUAACAAACUUUGUGUUAGACAUUUGGAACUGUCCUAGUUGGGGCGCCUCUUUCCCGCGGUAACUCUCCCUGGCAUAAAAUGUACUAGAGAUUAACUUUAUUGUUGGGGGGCCUCCACGAUUCCUGCUUUGUAUUCCUCCGUCUCUUCCCCCCGGGACCAGGCUCGGAGGAGGGCUGAGGGUGGAGCCCUGACUCUCGUGAAGAGUGGGCAGAGGGAGGGUGAGGGCAGGCUCAGGGGCAUUUCCCACUCUGCUUUCCUCAGUUUCACUGCCCCUUGAGCUGGGUGGACUUUCCUUCUUGACAAGUGGGAGUAUUUGGUAGGGAAGGCAGGUUAACGUAAACAGCAGCCCCCCUCGCCCCCUCUCCUCGUCUGGGAACAGGAAGGAACCACCAUCGACACCAACAAGUUCCCGUGUUCCUUUUACAACAAAAGGGACUUGACUUUUUAUAUAACCAAAUGUGGUGUUUUAGUGACUUUUUGAUAAUGUACAGUUUUUUGUGAAUUUAAAUUUAUUUCUUUCUAUAUUUUUAGGACCAAUCUCAUUUUUAAUAAGGUUUAAAAAAGGAAAAAAAAAUCUAGAGGAAAAACUCCUGUUUUUGCCAUGUGAUGUUCCACAAGUGCAGCUGUAGAAAAGUGCUUGUCAGUUGAAUAAAAACCACAUUUGA